AUGUUCCUGGCGGAACUACAAGGGCCUUUGAUUCGCGGAAGGUUUCAGCUCGAGAAACGACUGCUCACAUUCCUUACUGAGUAUUCAAGUGAUCACCUUGCAAUCUUCAAUCUGCUUCGUUACGGAACUUCUGAACAACUUUCAUACGCAAUGAAGCUUCCCCGCCCCAUUAACGCCAUGAUUCGCACAGCAGUACAAGGCUCCAAACAAGGCAAGAAAGCUAAGUUCCAAACAUUCUCAAAGUGCAGAGCUUCUUCGCCUACGAAGAAGAACAAAACGACAGAAGCAACUACCCCUUGGAACCUACCCUGUAUACUACCGGGUCCCGAAAUGAGCCUCCCUUUCCCACGCAGCAGAGCAGAGCCAGGCGCUCAGACGUUUCCGGCGACUGAAGUUGGAGGAUUCGAGGGCGGAGGGGAGGAUAUUUGGACAUAUGGGACUGGAGCUACGAGCACGGGUAUUGGAUGCGGUAUACAGCCUUAUGGCGGAUGGCAGCCUGUUCCGAGGGAGAUGAUUCCGAAAGACGAAAAGGUUUGGGGACCGGACGGAGAGGUGGUCUUUAGAGAGCAGAUGCCAACUGGUGGGGAAGGAGGUUCUGGCGUAGAUGUAGGUUCAGGAGGUGAGAUUGAUGUGGGUGGAGGGUUUGAUUUCGACUUCUUUUGAUAUAUGAUGGGGAUAUGUCCGGUGUUGGGAAACGAAACGUUGUGGC